AUGGGAAUGUCAAGAGAAUAUAUGAGACUGGAAAAAUUAGGAGAAGGCACAUACGCUACUGUAUAUAAAGGCAAAGAACGAAGGUCUGGUGAAAUUGUAGCUUUAAAGGAAAUCCAUUUAGAUUCGGAAGAAGGCGCGCCUUCUACUGCAAUUCGAGAAAUAUCAUUAAUGAAAGAAUUAAAGCACCCAAACAUUGUGACACUUAAGGAUGUAAUUCAUACUGAAAAUAAAUUAAUGCUUGUUUUUGAAUUUAUGGACCAAGAUCUCAAAAAAUACAUGGACACACAUGGUAAUCAUGGUGCUUUAGAUCCUAUGACAAUCAAAUUGUUUAUGUUUCAAAUGUUGAGGGGAAUAGAUUUCUGCCACGAAAACAGAGUUCUUCAUCGUGAUUUGAAACCUCAAAAUCUUUUAAUCAAUAAAUCUGGAAAAUUAAAACUUGCCGAUUUUGGUCUUGCACGAGCUUUUGGAAUUCCCGUUACCACCUUUUCAAAUGAGGUUGUCACCUUAUGGUAUCGUUCACCUGAUGUACUUUUGGGAUCUCGAUCAUACUCAACCUCGAUUGAUAUAUGGUCUGCUGGUUGCAUUAUGGCUGAAAUGUAUACUGGUCGUCCACUGUUUCCAGGCACAACUAAUGAUGACCAAUUGGUAAAAAUCUUUCGUAUCAUGGGCACUCCAACAGAAGCUACAUGGCAAGGAGUUACGCAAUACCCUGAUUAUCAUAAACAAUAUACAGCAUACACUGCUCAAGAUAUGAGUCAAUUACUCCCUAUGAUCGAUCGUAACGGAAUGGAUUUACUUACUCAAAUGUUAGUUUAUGAUCCAGAGAAGAGAAUCACUGCAAAGAAUGCGUUAAAGCAUGUAUAUUUCCAAGAUAUAUUAGAAAAUUCCAAUAACUACAACAAUGUAAUUCAAUCAGGUCCAUCUCCAAUGAGAAUCCCUGUACCUCCAAUGACGGUAUCUAUGCAGAUGGGUGCUAUACCAACCAUGCAAACAAUUAACGUACAAGGAAUGCAUAUUGUUCCUACAAAUGUUAAUAUGCAAAUGGGUGGUAUACAGUCGGUUCAACCGAUGAUCGCAGUUCCUCAAGUAAUGCCGAUGAUAGGCCAUCCUCCAAAUGCUCCUUCACAAGCACCGAUGAUGCCCAGACGAAAUCAUAUGCAUGAUAAUUAUAACAUUGAAUAA